UCUUCAUUUAUUUCCGGGGUUAGGGCUCAUUCCCCCCGGUGUUUAAUAGAGAGUGUGUAGUUGUUGCAAUUGUAUUUGUAGCUAGAUACAAACUCUAUACGAGGUGUAGUUAGAUUGUUGGAGAUCGCCAUUACCAUUUUUGAUGAAUUUUAUAUUGCUGUCUGUGUUGACCUGGUUAGCAACGUGUCAUUGUUCAAACGAAAGAGGUGAGAAGAAUGGGGACCAUUGUGAUCUUCUGAAGCAGUGGCUUGAAUCCGCAUCAGUGUCCGUGGAGAUCGGCAAACAAGGUUUCCACAGGGAGGUGAUCAUCACUGUUGAGCUCAGCCCUGCUGUGCUCAGUAGUGCCAGAGUUUUGCUGGUUAAUCGAUGGCCUAGAGGUGUCUUCAUUGAUCCAUACCAACUCGCAUCCCUGAGAGAUCAAAGUGAUUGGCAGACAUUACUAGAUUCAGCCAUCGACCUAGAGGCGCCUGCUCACAAGACUUCAGGAUUUGUCAGCUAUGUGUUUCCCACCCCUGACGAUCCGACUCGUAGACGGCUAAAAGUAACAAUUCCAGUUCAUGGCCGCUACCACGAGCCCUCCUCUGUCGGGGAAACAUUUACAUCUGUCUUCAUACAACCUCCAGAGCUGCUGCUGCGGGAUGACAAAUGUUUGCAGCUCAACAACUUCGAGCCUCACACUGUUGUGGACGCCCCGUGCACUGCUAACAAUUCAAGCACAUGUCCGUGGGUAAAAAUCCAGCAGCAUCAGAGGCACAGCCCUAUAGGUUUACAGUUCCCGGUGGGUGAUGGCUCUUUGGUGAUACCUGUAUGCGGUGGAACUCUUCUAGUCACAAUGAUCUGCUGUGUGGUGCUGUCCAAAUACAUGUGGAAUCAUCAAUUUAUUUAGCAAUGGUCAGCAUACCUUGUGCUGAAAGACUAAUGAUCUUGUAAUUGUUUAAUAUUCUCUGAUAACAGGAUAAUUCUGAUAUUAAUAUUGCAUUAAUAUACACAAAUUGAAAAGGUCAGGUGUAUAUGAAUGACUUAAAAUGAGAAGUGCAUUGAACUGCUUACACUAACAGAGAACAGGUGUCAGGAUUUACUCAAAAUAAUCCAAGCCUCAGUAACUACAAGAAACAUGGUUUCUGCAAAAUGUUCAUCUAUUAUAAUUUUGGCUGAGAAAGAGGAUCACAGCCCAGAAGGGCAUACUGGAUGAGGACAUUUGUUUAUUUAUUUAUUUUGAAAACACUUAACUCAGGACUGUUUGUAAGAAGCUCAUCAUUUGCAAACAAUAUUUUAGAUCUAAAUCUCUCAACUUGCACUGCUUUGUGUUCUCUUUGGUGAUUUAUGUCUCAACCAAAGACAAUUACCCAUCUUAUUAUAUUAUCUUUUUUUUUAUUCUGCUCUACCUCUGUUGUGUCAAGCAAUAUGUGUAUUAAUCUAUAAUGGCAGUAUCAUGACACUCUAGUGUAAAUAAGGGUCUGGUUAUGAAAUAGUUCAUGUUUGAUCCACAGCCCAGUAACUAACUUUUGUCUUUUUAUUAAGUCUUAUUAUUUAUUAAGUAUUUCUAGCUUCUGUAUUUUAACAGUUAAAAUUUCAGAAUAUGUACUUGAAACUGUUGUAAAUAAAACGUAUAUCAUAUA